AUGGAGAUGUCCUAUCAGUCCAUGAAGAUCGCACAUCAAGCUCGAGAGGCGGAAGAUCUGCGGACGACGAUGAGGAGGAAGAGUCUUCUCAUCCUCAUCUACCAACACCUGCUGGGGCAAGGCUACAUGGAAGCAGCAGCGGCCUUGGACCAAGAGACGAAUGGAGAUGCGAGAAAGUUCGAGGUCUGUGACAACAUCGAUCUGGAGAUGGUGCUGAUGGAGUACGAGAGUUAUCACUACGUCAAGUUCCAGAAAAAUCCCAAACUUAUCAGAAGAACAGUGGAACCAGUUGAAAACCGAUUUGUGAAAAGUGGUGGAGUAAAGAGGAGUCCGUGUUCUGCUGGGAAGCGUCUUCCCAAAAUCAACCCAUCCCAGACACCCCAGUCUGGAAACGUAGCCAAGAAGACAACCACAAGUGUAAGUACACACCAGAAUGGCUCCUCUGUUCCUCCAGAGAUUUCAGACUUUGGUCUCAAUGUUUCGUCCCUCAGAUGUGGACCAGCAGGGGACGCAGCAGGGGACAUAGCCAUGAAUAGAAAGGAACGGCUGCUGAAGCCGCUCAGUGGCUUCUCAGGAAUGAACAGAGAGAUGUCUGAUCUGGCUGAAAUCAUCAGCAGGGACAUCUAUUUGCACAGCCCCAACGUGCGCUGGGAGGACAUCAUCGGCCUGGAGGAUGCCAAGCGAUUAGUCAAAGAGGCCGUCGUCUAUCCCAUUAAGUACCCUGAACUCUUCACAGGCAUCCUGUCCCCGUGGAAGGGCUUGCUGCUGUACGGACCCCCAGGGACCGGUAAGACCCUGCUGGCCAAGGCCGUGGCCACAGAGUGCAAGACCACCUUCUUCAACAUCUCAGCCUCCAGCAUCGUCAGCAAGUGGAGGGGAGACUCUGAGAAGCUGGUCAGGGUCCUGUUUCUGCUGGCCAGGUACCACGCCCCCUCCACCAUCUUCCUGGACGAGCUGGAGUCGGUGAUGGGGCAGAGAGGAGCCAGCACAGGAGGAGAGCAUGAGAGCAGCAGCAGGAUGAAGACUGAGCUACUGGUGCAGAUGGACGGACUGGUGAGGUCAGAGGAGCUGGUGUUCGUACUGGCUGCCUCCAACCUACCUUGGGACCUGGACCACGCCGUGCUGAGGAGGCUGGAGAAGAGGAUUCUCGUGGGUCUUCCCUCCUCAGCAGCUCGCCAGGCCAUGACCUCUCAUUGGCUGCCACCUCUCACCUCCACAAGGGGGGUGGAGCUACGCACUGAGCUGGACUACGAAAUCCUGGCCAAGGACAUGGAGGGCUACUCAGGCUCUGAUAUCAGGUUGGUGUGUAAGGAAGCUGCCAUGAGACCAGUUCGCAAGAUCUUUGAUGUUCUGGAGGCACAUCAGCAUGAAGACGCCCCCCUCCCUGCCAUCAAGCUGGAAACCGUGACGACGGCUGACUUCUUAGAAGUCAUCGCACACUCCAAACCCUCAGCCCGAAACCUGACGGGCAGAUACACAGCCUGGGAGAGAGAGUACGAGUCUCUCUGA